AGUCAAAAGCAUUUGAACUUCGAAAUUUUCCGGCGAAUCCAGUGCCUCUGUGGAUUGCGCAACUCUCUGCGCCGAUCAAAACAUUUGGACCGAGGAUUCGAUGUCUAGUGAUCGCGCCUCGUGAUCAAUUAGUAUGUCUGAUUUGGGAUGAUCUGAGUACAAAAUUGUCACUUUGAGCUUGUUUUGUUGGUGUUUCUUAUGGCAGAUCCUCCGAUUUGGGUGUAUAUGCAUUGACGUGGGGUCCUUUUGACCUGAAAUUGGGGACCGUACUUUCAAUUCCGACAUCGCACUUAAGGUUCUUACUAGCUCAUGUCAUGACUGGGGACGUGAGAAUUAGUCAAAUUCAUCCUCGGAGCCAAUUAGCAUGAAGGUGCAGGGUUUAUGGUACCCUAACUUUGAUGCCUCUGGGGAAAGAGUGGAGAGGAGAGUUUGCGGUAAAUUCUCUGGAACCAUGUUGCCGUACAGUACCUAUCCUUGGACAAAGUGCAUCCAACUUUGAAGUUGGACGUGGCGAAUAAUUUUUUUCAGACAAUGCGGAAUGGAGUAGAAUUGAAUGAGGAAAUAUGAUCAGCUCAUGUGAAAUGCGAAAACUCAAAUCACUAUGCUGUGCCUUCCUAGUCCAGUUGAUGUUGUUUCUCAGAAUCCAGGUUUUGAGGAAGCCGUUUACAAUAUACAGGGAUGUCGUAGAUUUGUACAGAUCUGAACUGCUGAGAGAUUUGCUGCUUAGAUUUGUUCCUCUGGGCAAUACUGAGAGGAUUUGGGAAGGCAGCCUCUUCACCUAUCUCGAUCUGCAUACUUGAGGAUUUUUAGUCAGGAGAGCUUUUGAAUCACUGUGUGAUUAUACUGUACAAGGUUCCUUAUCUCAAGGUUUAGAAAAAGUCAUAGCAGGUGAAUGUUUCAGGCUGUCAUUGAGUGCAUUAGAUUGCCAUCAACAAAUAACGGGAGGAAGUGAAGGUGCACAGAACUUGCCUAGCAAAUUUCGCCUAUAUGUUUGGCUGCUGGCUGUUGAGUUUUGGCACAGUUUAGCCUUCUGAAUAGGGAAACAACAAAAUGAGUGAGAAGGAGGAGAAGAAAGAGAAGAAGGAGAAGAAGGAGAGAAAGGAGAAAAAGGAUAAAAAGGAGAAGAAAGACAAAAAAGACAAGAAGGACAAAGAUGGAGAUCAAGAGGCGAAGCCAGAAGGCAAGGAGAAGAAGAACCGGGAGAGAAGGAGCAGGGUUAGCUUUCUACAUGAAAGGCAAACCGCACCUCCUCCGCCUCGCUAUGCGGUUGGAGAGGAACCUCCGCUCCCUUCUUUUCCUAUUACAUGGUCACCUAUCGCCAUCUGCGUGGAAACUUCAUUGCCAGGAUUCAGUCGGGAUACCCUCAUGGAGGUGCUAAACGAAGUUGGGAGACCAGCUAUGAGCAUGGCUGUAGUGCAUCCACUUGACUUGGCUGAGGAUGAAAUGAGAGUAGAGGGGACGCAACUGGCUGCAGAAUUGGCCACAGCAAAAAUGGAAGGAAAGGGGACCUGGCCGCCCCCAAACCUUUUCGUAAAGUGUUUAAAAUCAAGGUCUGUGCUGGACCGCGAUGAUGAGCAUCGUUUGGAGGAGAUACGACGAGCAAACCAAGUGUCUCAAGCACAAAAGACGACCGAGGAUGCGAGGGCAGCUGUGCUUGUUGCUCAAGAAGGAGUGAAAGCUGCCGAAACUUUGCUGAAGGAGUACAGAGCAAAACUUAAAGAAGACAGAAUCCGGGAGGUGACAGCGAAAAGGUUAGCUGCACGAGCAGCCAAGGAAGCUGAAGCUGCAGCUGCAGCAGAGGCUGCGCAGGAAGCUGACACCUCUAACAGUCUGAAGAAGUCAAAGAAAGACAAAAAAGACAAGAAAGCGAAGAAAGAGAAAAAGGAAGAGAAUGAAAAGAAGGAAGAUAAGAUUGAGAAAAAAGAAGACAAAAAAGAUAAGAAGGAAAAAGGCAAGGGGAAAAAGGGGAAGGAUAAAGAUAAAGAAUCAGAUCCACCACCUGUGGUUCUUUUGACUCCUGAGGAACAGUGGAAGUUGCUUGAGGAAGGCAUUGCGAGGGCGAAAGAUGCCGUAUUUGAGGCUGAGGUUCAGGUUGAAGUUUGUCUGGACAAUGAAGCACAGCUUGAGUCAAGGUUGAAUGAUCCGCUAAACACUGGACGCGUAUAUUGUGUCCUUGGGUUAGAUUCAGCCCUACCGAUCGCCGAACUUUGCGCUGAGAGAAAUAGUUUCUUUCGUGGUGUUCUGAACGUGGCUUUGAAACCUAAGGUUCCUUUUAUUCUACCUGAUAGUGAGGGACCCAUAACUCCACGAGAUGAUGAUGCCGUGAGUGUGGCAUCAACAUCUUCAACAUCUUCUUCGAAGUCAACUGAUUCGAAGAAGAAAAGAAAAUCUGCCAAGAAAGAAGCAAAAGCUGCUGCGAAAGCGGCAAAAGUCGAGGCAGCAGUGGCAGCCAUUCCUAUUUUAGUUUCUGAAAUCAGAGCUUUGAAGCUGACUUGCGCAUUGACGGAUCCAGCUAGGAAAGUGGCUGUACUUGAUGUUUUCUAUGAACCAGCCCCUCCCCCGGAACUAGAAUUUCCACCUCAGGGGUAUCCAGUAAAGCAAGAUAAGAAAGAGAAAAAAGGCAAUCCGGAGAUGGACAAGGAAGGUGAAGAGGACCCAAAAGAAAAAAAAAAGAAGGAGAAAAAAGAGAAGAAAGACAAGAAGAAGAAGACGGGAGAAACAGAGGAGAAGUCGGAUGAAGGAGGAGAAAAGCAGAAGGAGAAAAAAGGCAAGGAAAGUAGGAGAGGAAGCAAAAAAGUCGGAGGAGACAAUACCUUACCAUAUAAGGAAAUAGCUCAGGCUGUUAUUGACGCUUGUCAGCGUCUUCUUAUUCAAGUGGAAAUCUACAACCAGAUGGGAGGAGAUACUGCCAGGGUAUACACUGUGCCAGCAGCUAAACCCUUGGAGGAAGUUGACACCAGUUACUACAAACGGCUUAUUAAUGAAGUUCCUCCCGGAUUGGUCUCUGUGCCAAUCAUUGUGCACUGUCUGGUGGAGCAAGUGGCAGCAUAUGCGUGGCCUCUGGAGGACAUAAAAGCCCUUGAAGUUGCCAACGAGAAUAGGCGAUUUUUGCUUGCUAUGGACGAAGCUUUUAAGAAGCUUGGACAUCCAAAGUGGAUGGGCGUUGAUAGGGAUGUAGAUUCCAAUCUGGCCAAGCGUUUUGAAAUGUUGUACAAUUUUUCCCAGAAGGAUGCAGCGCAGUCAGUGGUCCUCAACUCAAACGAUCAACUUAAUUCUUUGACCAAUGGAAAAAAUUCUGAAGGCUUGCCCGCCCCAGAAUCCGAUACCCAAGGAGAGGUUGUUUUAACUCUGAAAACGGCAAAAGAUAAUGUUAGCACCAUGAGUGAAGGCACUGGCAAAGAUUCGAAGGAAAAAUCUUCCGUUAAGGCUGAGGCUGUCAAACCAAAGUCUGGAAGAGGAUCACCAGCCAAAGAAGAAGCUGGUGGUGGCAAGAAAUCCAAAAAGGGUGGAACCUCCCCAAGUCUGAAGGAAGACAUUCAUUCUGUUUCUGAUAUCAACUUUCCACCAGAGAAUGGGGAGAAUCCCUCAGGUCUCAAACUUUCUGAAGACAUGCAUAUAUCUGCAACAUGUGGUGAGUGCACCAGCCAUGCAGCUAUCACUGGUACAUGUGGAGUCCACCACGAGCAUGUCGAUAUGGGCGAUGAGAUUGAAUUGCGAAAAGCAGGGACGCCAGAGAUUCCUUAUAAUCCAUAUUUGAAACCUGCGGACUUAGAUGAGCGUUUGAACGUAACUCAUGAGUUCGACACAGUUACAAGACUACUUCUGAAAUUGAAGCCACAGAAGCCACAAUUUAUGAAUUCGGUCGACGUGAUGAAAGUAGAGGGGCACCUGUCAAAAAUCAGGGCUACCCCAGGUCGUGGAAGGAGGAAAAUGCCGACAAAGCCUGAGCAUUCUGAAGAGAAGAUGGGCGCAUCACACACGGCAUUACAAGACCUAUGCGAAAAGUACGAGGAACCUAGGUUCGCUAUUGGCGACGAAGAAGCAAUUUUCCAUUGUGCUGAGCACAUGGCAGCGAACCCGCUAAGUCCAGAUGUUUCGGUGCAGACCCUUCAAAGAUACAAGAAAUUGACCACGUUUUUUGAAAUGGUAAAGGAGGACAAGUUGUUACUGCCAGAUCUGGACGUUCCAAUUGAAGGACCAGCAAAGGAGCCAGAUCCACCCAAACCCGUGGAGCUCAUUGAUCCACCAGAUUUAGCUCCUGAGAUGAUGAAGGACUGGUGUGAUGUUUGCAAGCGGAUAUUUUCUCAACCUGCUAUGCGAGCCAAAAUGCCGAGGCCGAUGUCUCCUCCCCCGGAAGAACCAUCCAUUCGUCAAAGAAGGUCGAUAUUGGAGAGAAAGAGAUCAAUUGUUGAGGUAAUUCAGGAGAAGAAGAAGUCUCUGGCUUUGGAUCAGGAUGUGUUUGGUCUAGAUAGGAAGAUGUCCAUUGGUCUUAUAGAUGACUUAUCCGGACCAGAAGUUCAAGAUCCACAAAACGAUUCUCCUACAAUUGAAGAGCUGGAGCAUGCAGAACGACACUAUGAUACAGAUCCGGGUUUGGAUGGAGACGUAGUGAAGACUUGGUGUCCAAUUUGUGCAAGGAUCUUUGCUGUUCCAACACCUCCGGAUCUCCAAGCAAUUUGGGAAGAAGGAGAGAGGAUGCGGCUGGAGAUGGAGCGACUUGCAAGAGAGAAAGAGCAGGCCAUCAUAGCUGCCAAGAUAGCGGCUUGGGAACGCAAAAAGGAACGAUUGCUCGAGUCUAUAAUCGAUCGAAGGCAUGCAGAAGGAUUUGCAGAUGGUUUGAUGGGAGAGGUUUAUGCAAGAGCCAAGCUUCAUCUUCCAUUUGAGAUAUUGCGCUAUGACAGAGAUGAAGACUGCGUCUUGACGGUUCUCUACGCAGCAGAUGGAGAGCGAACCUUCGAAGAAAGCAUUUCCGUAUAUGUACCGUUUGGCGAGUUCUGCCUCGAAGAUAUCAGCAACAUCGGACCUAUCAAGAGAAUAAGAGAGGCAUAUGAGAUAGAGCCACGCUUCAGAUGUAUUAAGGAUAGGAGGCGCUAUCUACUGACUGAGGACGGUGGGCUUGUUGUCUGUGGAUUGCCAGCAAUGUCUCCUAUUCAGUACGAGCCGAGAACAACUGUAUACAAGGAUGGAACUAUUGUGACGCUGCGGGCACCAGAAAAGUUCGUUGAGAAGAAGCUUGAGGAGAAAAAUGAAAAAUCACCAGUAGAUGCUGGCGCAGUUCCGAAGGAAGAAGAGAAAGGUGUCAAAUCUAAGAAGUCCAAAGCGGGGUCUCGCGAUUCCAGUCCAAAACCUGGCAAAGAAGACAAGAAAGGGUCAACAAAAGAUGAGAAGGUCAAACCUGGGAAAGAAGGAAAGAAAGGGGAGAAGUCGAAGAAAGGAAAAAACAAGGAACAGGAUGACAAAGCCACAAUAGAAAAUGUGCCAGGCGAGGGCGAAGGUAUUUCGUCGGUUGUUGGACCUGCACAGGACACCGUUUUCACAUCAGGCGACUCAUCAUCAGAGAAGCAGAGAACUGUAAUGGCCUCUCUGGUCGAUGGUGUCAUUGUCUGCUUCUUCUUUGCGAAAGACGGAACGUUGAGUCUUCAGGUCAACAAUCCAUCGGGUAGAACAUUUGAGUUGACUUCAUCGGGAGUGGUUGUAUUUCUGCCUGUAGAUAAAGUCGCAGAUGAACCACCUUCAAACACUGCUGCUCCAUCCACGCCUCCCGACGUCCUUUCGUCCGAUCCAUCGACUCCUUCGAGGGGAGGAGAUAAGGAGCGCAAGGGAGAUGGCAGCGCUGAGAAAAGUCCACGGAAAGGGGAUAAAGGGGAGGAGUCAAAGAAAAAGAAGGGUGAUGGCAAGGAUGGAAUAUCUUCAAAGGAAACGGAGAAACCGGCAAAGAAAAAAGGAAAGAAAGAGAAAGGUGAUAGCAAGGCUGAAAAACCUUCAAAGGAUGGGGAGAAGGGAAAGAAAUCCAAGAAGAAAGGACAAAAAGACGCAGACAUUUCUGAGUCAGAACCUGAGCCGGAAGUGAAAGCACAGCAUGUGCUUACGUCAGACACGGAGACGAAAUUAUCAAGUGACUUACAGUUUUUGAAUAAAGUUUAUGAAGAAGAGCAAGGUGGGAAGGAGAUAUCAAGAUGCAUUCUACCAACCGGAAGCGUUAUUUCCUACAAAGAAAACGGUGAAAUGAAGAUUUUGUUAAAUGAUGGAAAUGUGAGCGAUUAUACCGCCGUUUGUGAAAAAGCUGGUAUCGACAGUAGCACCAGCGUGGAGGAAAAACCAUCGUCCGAAGAUAUAUCUUCUUCUGCUAUCAAACCCGAAAUAACAUACGGCUGGUGCACUAUCAACAACAAAGGCCUAUCCGCAAUGAAGCUUCCUGAACCAAAGACUGAUCCUCUAAAGAUGGAAUCUGUCCCACCUGUCGAAGGAGGAGCUAGUAGCCCCGAAGACAAGAAAAAACAUGGGAAAGAAUCAAAAGGAAAAGGUAAGAAAGGAAAGGACAAGGAAGCGAAAGAUGUACUGGACGAUGGAAAGGAUAAAGAGAAAGGCAAGACAGACGGGAAGGAAAAAGACAAGAAGAAAGCUUCAAAGGGGAAAACAGGAAAAGGCGAAACCGAAUUGAUGGAUGGUCCACAAGAGGGAUCAUUCUCACCUCGUUCAAACGAAGGGGUUGAUUCUGAGGUCUUGCUCGGAAACAUAGAUGUUCCUGUAGGAGGUGCUUCUCUUGUUGUCGAGGUACCUCAUGUGGAAAUGCCAUGCAAAAAGGUUAUUGAGAUUUUUGAUCCUGAUACUGGUUCUUCGAUAUUGACACGUGAGGAUCUAGUGGUUGUGGUGAGAACUGAAGAUGAGAGUGUUCGGGUUGUCCAGCACGCAGAUGGAACGCAUAUUUACAGUGAAGUGAUCGACGUAACACCAUCCGAUUACAGACCUAGUGUUGGCCAGCAGAUGCUUGACGAAAUAAAAAAUUUCAAUGCAAAUGCUACGUUGGCAACUCUUGCAACGCUUUCGAGCAAGAAAAUUCCAGGAUGUUCUACCAUUGAGGCAGACAAAUUGCAGCUACCUGUAGGAAGCCCUUUGAAACCAGACCUAGCUCCUAAUGCUGGCAGUAAGGUCGUUUUAUCUACAGACACUAAACCGACCAAAGAUGGUAGUGAAGAUUCCAAGUCUGAACCUCUCCCGAAGUCACUGAAGAAUCCAUCUGAAACGAAAGGUCUAGUUGUCAGUUCCAAUGGACAGCCAAAUGCUCGCACUGAAGUUGGUAGUGUUGGGCCUUCAUUGGGCAGAGAGAAUUUUGACACGGUUUCAAACGUUGUUGAAAAUCAUAAAUCUCGGGUAUUGUGUGUUGCACAGUGGCAUGUAAGAAAGGAUGGAUUUCCUAACGUACACGGAAACACAAAGGGUGGAGUUGCUGUUGAGUUCUCUACAACAGAAGGUCAGUAUUGCGCUACAUGGUCCAGAGACAGUGGUCAGCUAAGUCUUUUGAUGCCCCAUGGGAGUAUGUUCUACUCAAGUGGAAAGAUCGUGAUUUAUGAUCCUUCUGAUGGUGCGAAGAAAGCAGAUCCCAAACAAAUGCCACAUGAUCGGAUAAGUACAGGUUUUCCUUUCAUCAACACGAAUGGGCUGUAUGAGUUCAAUCUGGAAAAAGCAUGUCUUACCUUUACAGACAACGCUGGAAAUGGAUUCCGGACAAGUUGGGGAUUCAAAGUUGACCUAAUUAUUGCCGGGAAGCUUCCUGAACCACCGCCGCAAGCUGUUGUGGGUUCUGGGAUUGAGGGACCAGUUGGUAUCGACAAACCAGUCGAAUCAUCAGAGGUCCCCUUGGAGGAUGCGGUCCUUACCGAUCAGACUACAGAGGGAUCGUCUAAAACCGCAGUUGGCAAGGCUGGUUCCAAACCGAAAGGAAAAGGUACGAAGGCUGAUACUAAGUCAAAAGCUCCAGCCAUCAAGGCUGGUCCAAACUCCAAAGCAACAUCCGUUAAGACUGGCUCCAAAGCUUCUGCACCAAUUAGUGAUAUUAAAUCUGAUUCAGACAAGAUAAAGAUGCCACCUUCUGAAAGUUCAGAAGUUAUAGAGGAGGUGCAUUUAAAAUCUGCUUUAGAGAACCAGAACGAUGAAGAAGACUCUUUUCUUCCUCCUCCUGAUUGCGGACCAUCGUCCAUGAGCACGGUUAGCUCGCCAAGGUCCAUCGAUGGAGGCACAGAGUUUGUAGAUGACCUCUUUUUAGGACCUUAUCCCAGGCUAUUUGUCAUCCAUGAGGGAGGGUUUGGAUUAGAAAUUGUACAUGAGGAUGACUUUCAAAAAUAUGCAUAUUCAAAAACCUUUAAGAAGGAAUGCACUAGAGUUAUGGAGGAUUAUGCUUCGGUGGAUGUCGCGCUGCACACCUUUGUAACUGUAGAACAAAAAGCAAAAAAGCUAUCAGAGUUGGAGGUGGAGAAGAAAGAGGGCUGCAGGGCUCCAGAUGGACUCAAAUUGUGGACCAAGAAGAUUCCUGAAUUGGCUAGGCGGAUAAAAUUAAAGGCCGUGCUCUCCAAAAUGCAGAAGCGUAGUAAGUGUGAUUGGCUUCAGCUUGAUAUGGAACUGCCAUUUUUACCCAGGGCUGUUGUUCCAGAGUUGCUUCCAGUAUUACCCCUCUGCAACACAACAAACAUAAUGUUCCGUCAAGUUUUUGAAUAUGCACGCUUUACGGAUGCCCAAAUUCGGAAAAUGGACAAAAUUUUAGAGAUUUAUAAAGAAUGGCAAGAUUCUUCCAUGAUUCUUAGAGACGUUGAAGUCAUACCUGAUGAACGCACACCUCAAGACAAGAAGAAAGCAGAAGACAUCGCACAGAGAAUCAGAGAGGGUGUGGCAGAGCAAAAAUUACAAGAGGCGAGAGAGCGUGCGGCAGUCGAGAUUGAGCAUGCUGCAAAAUUAUUCGGAAAGAUAAGGGAGAAGGAAGCAGAAUCACUGCAGGAAUUUGAAAGGCUAAAGCGCAGUGUGCAGGAUGAAUCAAAUAGACAGUGGCUUCUGUACAAAGAAAGUAAAAAAGGUCAAAUACCAUGCAGGCAUAAGGUCUGGCAUUUGUUCCAGGAUAAACCACCCUUCAGACCUAAACCCAACCAGGCCUUAUUGUACUUCAAAUGUGAAGAAGGCUUGGAGUUCAUGUAUACACAAAAUUUUUACCGUAGACCUCCACCGGGUCCAAGGAGGUGGUCUGUGGAGACGACCCCUCCAAGAUCAGAGCAGGGUUUGGAAUUUGGCCAACAAGGAGUUCAGGUGUCUGACGAGGGAAAUGAUCCUUAUGAUUUUCCCGCUCGAAAACCACCUACGGAGGAAAAGAAUGAUCGAGAAAUCAAACCCGAGACAUGUCUCUUUGAAGAAUGGUACAAGGAGGAGCCAAAGCCGACCGAGGUGGAUGCAGAAAAAGAUUUGGAGGAGGAGGGAUUAAAGCUUUGUUGGGAAACGCCGAAGGCAAAGAAGCCAAAGCCAGAGAUUGGCCCAGCAGAUUGGACACCUUGCUUCAUGGUUGGAUUUGAUAUGGGGAGCACUUGCAAAGCAGAACCAGACCAAAUUCAGAAUGAGAAUGACGUUGAGCCUAAGGUUGAUGAGUACCAACCGUAUGAUCAUGACAGUCACAGUGAUCUCAACAAUCCAGACCCGCCGACUGAAGAUACGGAAGGGGAUAACGUCGACAGUGAGAUUGCGAGGGAAAUUGAAGAAACGCCGCCUGAACCCGCUUUGCCAGAACUACCGCCUUUCUGGCAGGCUCCUGUUGGAGUCGAUUGGGAUAUCAAUCAUGAGGCUGUGCAGCGACAGCUUGAGCUUCUGCCUAAUCGACCUGGUUGGGUCAAAGCUGAGUGGCUUAAAAAUGAAAAAUAUUUGCGCUUGAACCUGCAAACAAUGCUUCAAAUGAAUAUUUCAUCCGUCGCUGGCCUGAAGUUGCGUGCAAGACCCCCUAUAGACUGGACACAUCAGUUUUUGCUAGUACCGGAUCGUCUAGAUUUCGGUACCGUCGAAUACGGUACUAUAUCAAUGAAGGUGGCAUUUUUACAAAAUUAUCAUGGUACGAAUGGUGGACGCUUUAGGUUUGAAGAUCUUGGCCCAUGUUGCAGGAUACUCUGUGAAUAUGGCAUGGUUCCUCCCGGCCUAUACAGAACUCUCCGUGUAUUUUUCCGCGCUGAUCGUCUCGGUUCUUUUAACCACGAGAUCAAAGUGUUAACUCAGUAUGAUAUUUUUCGCUUUCCAAUUAUUGCAAAUGUGGUACGCCCAAAAGCAUAUGAGGGAAGCAAUCAUCAACAAUCUACUUAAAGGCGCGAUUGUGAUGCUUGCUUUCCUUCUAUGAUUAUGGUCUUGAAGUUACGAGAUGAAAACUGGCGCUAGCCAAGGUCGCGAUGGAAGGGAAAGGUUUGCCAGCAGAGGUCAAAAAGUUCCUGGUACCCUCAUCCCGCAGCGACCUAGAUCACGGUUCCCACCAGGGAAGAAUGAUGGUUUAUGUCGUGUUUGUCACAAAGCGGCGUUGGAGAUAUGGAGCUUAGAUCAAGCUUUUGGCAAUGUCUCUGCUUCGGGUUAGAGGAAGACACGUCACGGUUGUCCGACGUGCGUGAAGUUGAGAAAUACUGAAAGUUUGAGUAUUACCAUUUAUAUUGGCAGUCAAAGACAGGACACUUGAGUGCCGUCGAUUGUAAUAAAAGAUUUGAGAUUCUAAUAUACUUGGACGAAACCAACCGAUGAUUACAUGGAAAUGUUCAAUUC